UUCUCUUCAAAAAUAAAUGUUCUUUUUACACUACUAUGCUGGUUAUCCGUACUGUUGCACCAUUUCCCGGCUUUGCUUUGGGGUUGUCUGCUCUGUCAAAAGUCGCCUUUGCGAAGUGUAACCCUAACCCUCACAUUUGUGGACCAGCCGGGGGUGAGUGGGUGACUCCCCCGGCCAAGGUCGCUGGUCAAACACAUACUUCGAGUUUUAGCCACCACCUACCAACAACCCCAGGCCUGUCACGCCUAUCUUGCGAAAACCAAAACGCAUCUCCCGGCGGUGGUGUCGUUCUGCUCGCAGCUCUGUGAUCAACCGAGCCGCCCGGUUUGCAGAAACCAACCCUACAAAACACAACCAAAUCAGCAAGUUCCAACCGGCCAUUUUGUAUCUGGCCGUUUGGUCCAAAACUACACGGCCAUGCCGCCCAAAAGGGGCAAAUGGCCUUCGGGAGCCAAGGCCCCACGUGGUCGGCCUACAGCACCUCGAGGCAAGUUGCGAGACUUCUUGCCCGUAACUGCCAAUACGGGCCUUCAGUCAAACGGAUUUUCAAUGAAAGAUGAGGCGAAGCACACGGCAUCCCAUCAGUUCUCUUCAGCCUGGCCCUCGGGAGAUGCCCAUCUUCGGCAGAAGCCCGUCACAUUUGUGAGCGCCGGGGUUGUUGAGCCUCUCAAGGAAGAAAGGCCAUCUGACGAUACGCCAGCCUCCGACAUUCCCGAGGAGCCUUUGGGGGAUCCCAUAGGGGCCGCUGCCGCCGCCGCCGAGGUGAAGAAUGUUGAGAAUACUAACACAGGGGCCAUUCAUGCCGAAACCGCUAUCGAAACCACACUCGAAACCAUUGGACAGCCCUCGUUGACCGAGCUUCUAGCACAACAACCGUCAAUUGAUGAGCUAGUCCAACCGUCAGAGACGCAAGUAAACGAAACUGCAGAUUUGUUUUUCUUUGAUCUUGCAGAGGAUGAGCCCAUGAUCGAUCACACCUUCCCGCCUCCAAAGAUCCCAAGCCCAAGGUCUUCGUUCUCUGGAUCCGAUUCAAGCGAGGAGAUCAUUCUCUUCAAAGGUCGUGCCACGAGUGGUCAUAAAGCCGCUGAGAAAAACAAGAUCAUCGGCUCCGACUCUGUAACCGCACCCUCCGUGAAGUUGACGGAGCACAAACCCAAAGCAACUAUGGGCGGUGGUUCAAAGAAUUCGGUUUCUCAGGCCGUUACACAUCAAUCUCGGUCUUCCCGUACGCGGUCACGGUCUCGGCAUAAGCGUUCGCAGGCUUCGAAUGUCGUGGUAAACGAAGACGAGGACGCGAUAUUGGCUGAUUACAUCGCCAACAUGGCCGCAGACUCGGACAAUGACUACCCUCCGAGUCAAUUCCAGUCCACCGCUGGCCGACGAGACCUUGGCGGCGACGAUGAUGCGGUUGAUUUCGGAUCUGGCAACGACAAGUCACCAAUAGACGACAAUGCACAAAACAAUGAAGGGGAGGGGUCUCGAAGCUCUGACCUGAGCGAUGCCGAUGUGGACGACGUUAUGAGUGAUGACGGCCAGAAAGACAUGGAAGCAGAUAUGGACGACGAGACACUUGCCCGACUUCUAGCCAAACAAGAAGAUCUUGGCAUGGGUAGCGACGACCUUCUGCUUUUCACAAGCUCAUUUGGCAAUGUCAAUGAUAAAAAGGCACGCGGAAAACGCCCGGCCAACGCAGGCCCGAGCCGUGGUUUACGUGAACCCGCCAGUGCUACCCAGGUUGCGGACGCGCUCGACAGUUUGGAUCUUGCCGACUGGGGCCAACUCACCGGGCAGACGCGCAAACGGCGCAGCAAGCAAGCCCCCAACUUUGAUGUGUCUGACUCGGAUAUCGAGGCGAUCUUGAACACUGGAUAUCAUCGAGACCGUGAACGAAAGAAGAGCCGCAAGUUGGCACGUGAAGCUCUUCGUGCCCAGGGGCUGUUGGGGAAAAACACCGAUCCUGAUGACCUGCGUGUCAAGUAUCUGUCAGGCAUGAAGUUGGAUGAUAUGAAACUUGAGUUAACUUCCUUCCUUCUCAGCUCGGCGGAACGUCUCGACUUCCCCCCGCUCGACAAGCAAGCACGGAAGAUCCUCCACGAGCUUGCGAACAAAUUCAAUGUUAAGUCGCAAUCCAUUGGGAAAGGCGACCAACGCCGUCCCGUACUUUACCGGACGAACCGAACCUUCCGGUACACGUCGACUGGGGCUGAAGAGGCAACCAGUCAUGUCAACAGAGCGGCAUCGCACAUUCACCGUAAAUACUUCCACCGUGUCGACGUUAAGGGCCCCAGGACCGAAUUCCCCAGAAACGCGGGUCGAGAACGGUCCGGGCACAAGGCACUCGCACUCCGGGAGGGAGAAAUCGUGGGGGGCUCGGUCCCCGAGCUUGGCCAAGAGAACAAGGGACGCAACAUGUUAGAGAAGAUGGGCUGGAGCAAGGGCAUGUCUCUCGGCGCGCUGGACAACCAGGGCAUAUUGGAGCCCGUGGCACAAGUCAUGAAGCGUUCCAAGGCCGGCCUCGGAUAGCCUGAUCAACCCCAACAUUACUGUAUAUACCUAUGUAUGGUUGUAGCUGGUUUUGAAGAAUCUCCGUUCGUCGUCCCACCGCACGAACGCGAUUCGAAACCCAACUGACAGAGAUUGUUACUUUGGCGAAGCGCGCAUCGCAAUGUGCUGGGCGUGGUUGCAAGCAUUAGUAGCACGAUCACAAGCGGCAGGAUUGGAACCGGGUGGUUGGUCAUAUGCACGAUUUCAUUUCGCCCGAAACCCUGAUAUCAAGGCAUGUAUUGUACAACCG